AUGGUUGAGGAUAUUAACAUUGAUGAAUUGGGUGCGGAUCCUUCAGGGCGGACAAUGAAACUGCAUAAGCAUCCAUUCGGUGAAUUCUCCAUGGCUUCGGUACAGGCAAAUGAAAAGAUGGAAGAUUUCGGCCAGGUUGAGAUUGGCAACAAUGCAAUUUUUGUUGGAAUUUAUGAUGGCCAAAAUGGCAUCUUUGCUUCCCAAUAUCUGAAGGAGAACCUCUUCCCGGCUCUACUAUGUCAUAUGGAUCAGAAUGAUAACAAUAUGUCUGAAGAUAUUCUGAGGGAAACUGUUGCUGCAAUGGAGAGAAGGUUUAUGCUUGAUGCUGAUAAGUUACAUGACAGGGAGCCGCAGCGAGCUGUGACUAGUUCUAGCUGUUUGUUUUGUAUUAUAUGGAACGGGAAACUGUAUGUCGCUAACGUUGGAGGCUCCCGUGCUGUAAUGGGUUCUUCGGGUCUAUUUGAUACACUCCGUGUUCAGCAGUUGGUCAGAGAUCACAAUGCUGGUAACAAGCAUGUUCAAGAUGAACUCGCGAGAUUGCAUCCGGAUGAUCCAGAUAUUGUCAUGUAUCAUAAUGAGGCAUGGAGUGUUGCAGGCGUAAGCGAGGUGAGCAGAUGUAUAGGAAAUGCAUAUUUGAAGCGGGCGCGUUUCACUUUAGUCCCAUCCUUCGAAGUAUCGCGCACAGAACUUGCUUCUUCUGAUUUUACCCGACCUUUGCUAUCAGCAGAACCCGAGAUAUACUCAAGAGUCUUAAGAGACAAUGAUAAAUUCAUCAUAUUUGGAUCUGGUGGACUUUGGAAAUUCCUGACAAAUGAGGAAGCGGCUAAAAUUGUGAAUACCAAUCCACGAAAAGGAAUUGCAAAGAGACUUAUCAGAAUUGCUCAAGAGAUAGCAGCAAGAAGAAAGAAUAUAACCUAUAGUGAGCUUUCGGCGGUUCCUAGGGGUGGAAGGUGUGGUUAUCAUGAUGAUAUCGUCGUGACUGUUGUAUUUCUCGACAAAAAGCCAGAUGUGAUCACCUCCGUGCCAAGGAUCAAUUCCUCCCAAAGCUUCUUUGAAGCGGCUCUUCGUUCGAAUUUUCACUAUGUGUAUGCUGGUGGUAACUCAGCUCUUUGUCCGGGUUUGGAAUAUUAUGCCUAG